GGGUCACACUGUAGCGCUCAGUGUUGCAUCAAACCGAGUGUCUAUCGCCCGACCGCCACAAUCUGUCGACCGUUCGGAGCCUGCCGUAAAAAUUUCAAGGAAUUAAAUUUCUACAGCUUUACUGCAUUGCUAGUAAAACGGGCACAAAGAAAUUGAAGAAUAAUUCCGCGAGACAAAAAACACCAAACAAAACAAAAUAUUAAGUAAAUAAACAAAUGGAAAUAAAUAGUGAAAAGUGCAACAAAGUUUUUAAUUUCAUGCAAAAGUUAAAUUAAAAUUCUUAGUUAAAUAUUAAAUCCGUAUAACAACAAAUAACAAAAAUAUAUAUAUUAAUUAUUAUUAUAAAUAACAUAAUUUAUAUAAAUACAUAUUUGUGUUCCAUUUAAGUGUUGAUUUAAGUGAUUAAUAUUAAUAACAACCAACAACAACAUCAACUAUAACAACAACAACAACAGCUGCGCUGAGUGUGAGAUGUGGUGUUGUGUGUUCGUGUGUGUGUGUGUGUGUGAGUGAAUGUAUGUGAAAAUUGAAACGCCCGCUAACCAAAGUCAAGCGCUAGAUGGCGCUGCUGGCAACGCUGGCGGCUUAUGUAGUUAUUGUCCGUGUUGUUGUUGCUAAUAAAACGCGGAAAGGCAAAUUAUAGCUUUGCAAAAAGCAAGCCAGCAACAAAUAAAUUUAAAUUUAUUACUUAGCAUAACAAAAUCAACACACACAACAACAACAGUAACAACAGCAACAUCAUUCAACUGAAUUUUCGCGGGCGUCUCUCGUUUUCGGUAGUUUGGUUGUCGUCGUCGUCGUCAUCGUUGCGGUCGCGUUGCCGUCGCCGUUGUUGUCGUCGCGUCGCAGUCGUCGUCGUCGUAAUUCGUCAGUCAGUUGGUUGCACCUGGAACGCAACGGUCGCUAUGUAUCGUCGUCGUCGCCUGGCAGCCGCUAAUUUCAUCUUUGAAGUGGGCAAAUCGUUUGCCACAAAUUCAGGAGCAACAGCAGAUAACAGCAGCAACAUACAGUGAUUAGCUGAUGACAACAGCAGCAACUAGUUGCAUACAAACAACAGACAUUAAUAACAAUCAAAACUAAAUAGCAAAUUCUUAAGUGACUACACAAAUUUGACCAUAAACAAAACAACAACACAACAAAAACAUUUACCCAAAACAACAAGAAUAAACUUUUCGAAAUUGUUUGUUUCCGAAAAUAAUCCAAAGUAUUGUCAGCAAUCUGGAUUAUUUGCUGAAAACUUUGCGCACGCUGAAAUCCAAUUCGAUUAUGGCCGAGAAUCAAAGCGCUGCCAACGAAGAUUCCGGUCAGCAACAUCAGCAACAACAACAACAACAGCAGCAACAUCAACAGCAACAGCAAGCAGCAAUCAUCGCCGCAGCAGCAGCAUCAACAAUUGUUAACAGCGGUCCGGCAAGCGGCAGCAAUUCAGCUGCCUCAUCCCCAGAAAACUCACAAGAAUCGCACAGCAUUGUAGCCAACCCCACAGCAACCACAACAACAACAGCAACAACCACAGCCGCUACACGCCGGCAACAACAAGCAAAUCAACAGCAGCAACAGCAACGCGCCAGCAGCAACAACAUGUUCGAUCGUCAUCUGAAUGCCAAGUUCAAGCCAACAGGUGGCACAACAACUGGGCCAGGGAAUGCGCCAGCGCGUCGCAACUCGAUACAGACACCGACGCGGGGAGUGGGCGUGGUGAGCACCACCAGCAUCAAGAAGCCACCGCUGACGAAGGUGAAUUCGUUGGGCGGCAGUGGGCAACAUCAUCAUCACCAUCAUGCCUCGCAUUUGCAUCACCAUCAGGCGCAUGCGCAUCAGAAUAGCAACAACACAAACUCUAACUCCAACUCUAACAGCAACACUAACAGCAACAACAGCAACAACAUACAGCGCACCACCAGCGAAAGUUUGCGUUUGAAUGCGCUCAGUCGCGGCGCUGCUGCUGCGGCUGUUGUCAGCGUCAGCGUCGAUGGCAGUUCGGCGGUGUCGCGUGCCAGCAGCACGUUGACGUUGAACAGCAGCGCAUCGAGUGUAUCGCUGGCGCCCAAAUCGAGCAGCACCAACAACUCGACGGCCACCAACAACUCGACAGCAACAUCAACCACAACCAACAGCAGCAGCGGCAGCGGUGGCAGCAACAACAGCAGUGGCGGUGGUGUUGCCAGUGGCAAGGCCAGCUCGCCAAAUAAUAAUGGUGCAGCAGCAACAGCAGCAGCAGCAACCACACGUAGCUUGCAACAGCCGCCGCCACCGCAGCAACAGCAGCAACAUCAUCAUCAUGCGCAUCACCAUCAUCAUCAUCACCACACCAGCCACAGCCAAGGACACCAGCAGGCGGCAUCAGCAACCACUGGGGGCAACAUGAGUGGCGCUGCCAGCAGCAACUCAAUGGCUGGCAGCAAUCGCAAACCAAAGACGACUUCCUCAUUUCAAAUCACCUCCGUUACGGUCGGGCAUGCCAAGCUGAAUGCAGCCGGCGGAGAUACUGGCGAUGAGUCCGCCGAUGAUCUGGAUGAAUCUCAUACGGACGACAACAGUCGCAUCACGGAUCUGGAGAACGAGACGCCCUCGAUGUCCGAGGACACGUUCUCCAAGGAGGAGGUAUUCUUUGCUAACAAUGCGCUCAGCACCACGGCGCCCGUUAUUCCAACCAGUUCACAGUAUGGUCUCGUUGUGGUUGAUCCCAUUGGGCCGUCGUCGCUCGGUCAGACCAUACAGAAUGUGCAGGUGAAUGUGGCGGAUAACAUUAUCAAUGUGGUGAGUGCUGCGGUGACGCCGGGCGGCACCAAGAAGAAGGACGACAUGAAGGAGACGCAGCAUCGCAGCGAACGCUUCAAGGUUGUUAAAAUCGAGUCGACGGAGCCGUUUAAGCGUGGACGCUGGAUGUGCAUGGACUACUUGGAUCACUCCAGUGUGGGCGCAGCCAAUAAUAAUGAAAAGACUGGUAACUCGGAUUCAGCUGGCAUUGCGGAUGAUGGUGGGGCAGCAGCAGCUGCAACAACCACUGCAACAGCAGCAGCAACAUUGCCGCCAAAGACUACACAGAGCAUGAUACUGCCGCCCACAAUGCUGCAUGAGAAUCAUGUGGAGGCUGCCUCAGCGGAUGCCAAUUGGAAUUUUGCCGAGCAUCUGCAACAGCAGCAUCAGCAACAGUCCCAACAACAACAACAGCAACACCAACAACACCAACAACAACAGCAGCAGCAGCAACAGCAUCAACAAUUGCAGGCAACAGCAACCGCUGUUGGCACGCCCAGUGGCGUCAUGACAGCGCCAGCCACCGUGGUGCAUGGCAUGCAGCAAUUUGUCAAUGCGGCCAACAGCGAUGCCCAACAGCAACAGCAGCAGCAACAACUCUACGAUAGCGUGAAUGCCAAUGCAGCCACGCCCAAUGCGACAUCGGAUGGCACACCCCAUGGCCAAACGUUGCCCAUGGACUAUGCCACAGCAGCCGCACAGCAGUUGCAACAGUCGCUGCAGCAGCUGAAGCAACAGGAGCAGGCAGCAGCCGCCGCAGCAGCAGCAGCAGCCAUGGAUGUGGCUGGCAAUGCAACUGCGGCUGCUUAUUUGCCGCCUACGCACUUUCAGAAUGGCGGCGCCAGUGACAACAGCGGCGGCGGUGGCAGCAACAACAACAAUAACAACAACAAUGCCACGACAGCAGCAACAGUUGCUCCUGCUGCUGAGCCACAGUUGGCUGCAGCCAUGAGCAGCAGCUAUGUGGAGCAGCAACCAUUGUCGCCGGCCACACAGACGCCUCAGGCAGCGCCCACAUUCGCAGCUGUUGCUGCCGGGCAACAGCAGCCACCGCCCAACUUCCAGCUGGAUCAGCAACAACAGCAGCAGCAGCAACAGGCGACAUCGCAAAUCGAUGGUGUUGCUCCAUCGACAGCAGCAGCACAGUUUCCAGCCGUUGCAGUGUCAGCAACAUCGGUGGCCUCGGCCACACAGCAACAACCAACACCACAGACUUCAAACACUUCCACAAAUGCAACGGCAGCAGCAACUGUUGCAGCAGCCGUAGCAGCAACUCCCUCGUCAGCAGCAGCAACCGGACAGACUCAGGGACAAACAAUGCCAUUGCUGUCGCACAUGAGCAGCUAUGAGUCUUCGGCUGGCGUGAUUGCAGCAACCACAGUUGCUGCUGCAGCUGGCAUACCCACGUUACAGCUGCAGAGUGCGCCAGCAACCAUUGCUGAUGUGCAGCAACAGCUGGUGGUCGCUGGUGUGUUGCAGGAUGAGCAAUCAACCGCAGGAGGUGCAGCAGCAGCCACCCAACAGCAACAACAACAGAUUCCGCCAACAAAUAUCGCGAGUGUUAGUGCCAAUAAUAAUGUUAAUUUAACGAAUCCAAAUGUAGCAGCAAACGUAGCAGCCGGAACAGCAACAGACGCAACGACAACAUCGCUCGCUCUGAGCGAUGAACAGCAAUCGACAUCAUCAGCAACAGCAGCAGCAGUCGCUGCAGGAGCAGCCACAACUGCUGCUGCUGCAACAGCAUCAUCGACAGCAACGCAAAUACAACAGCUACAGCAGCAACCAAAUGCAGAAUCGGAGACUGAAAGCUUCGUCCGUGCCACGUUCAACAGCAACCAGAGCAACAGCAGCAGCAACCGCAAACGCGCCUUUAGCAAUCCGCACAUCGCCUCCCACAUGCCUCUGCUUGCCCCCGACGGUCGACGCCUGCAACCUCAUCUCUAUUACUACGAUAAGAGUCACUCGGGUCGCAGUUCCUUCUGCGUGGAUGAAUCCCUUUGGCCUGCAGCUGCAGCCAGCAGCAGCAGCGCUGGCAAUCUGUACGCUGCUGCAGCUCCGUCACUCUCCGCUGGCGAGGAAGAUCCCGAGGAGGCCAUCGAUCAGUUCUCCCCAACGCUCUACAAUCGAUUGACGGGCAGCGGGAGCAGCAGUCGAGCCAUUCCCAUACCGAGCAGCAGCAGCAGCGCUGGCAACAGUCCGCAGCAUCAUCAUCACUUUCAUCACCUGCAUCCUCAUCCGAUGCAACAUCAUCACCAUCAUCAUCAUCACCACUUGCCACAGCAGCAGCAACUGCCACAGCAACAGCUGCAGCAACGUUCACUCAGCACUGGCUCUGCAGCUCCAGCGGCAACAGCUGCUGCUGCUGCGGCGGCUGCAGCUGCGGCAGCUGCCGUUGGUUACAUGGCAUUCAGUGCAAGUCCCACGGCGGGAUUUGUGCACGCCUAUUCACCGUUCUAUGGCAGCACGCCGGACACUUUGUGCUCUCCGGAGAAUGGCGGACGCAUCUCGUUCAGCUACGAUCCCGAGUAUGGACAGAGCAUUCAUCGCCUGCAAGUGCCUCAGGAUGUGGCACACAACAACAGCAGCAACCAGAGACGCACUAGAUCGCCGCUGGAUGGCGCCACUGUGAUGGCCGUCAACAGUGCAUCUGGAACAAGUGCAGUUGCGAUUGACAACAAAAUCGAACAGGCAAUGGAUCUGGUCAAAUCGCAUCUCAUGAUUGCGGUGCGCGAGGAGGUGGAAGUGUUGAAAGAGCGCAUCUCCGAGCUGAUGGAUAAGAUCUCGAAUCUGGAGCUUGAGAACAACAUACUCAAAUCGAACAUGUCGCCGGAGACGCUGCAACAAUUGCAAAUGCAGCUGCAGAUCGCAGGCAGUCAGCAGCCCGCCGCCGUUGCCGCACCCCCCGCAACGCCCGCGAUUCAAGCGGCGCCAACAGCAGCAACAGUCACCGCAGCAGCGGCAGCGACGUCGACAGCGGCAGCAACCAGUCCAGCGACGUCGGCAGCGCCAGCCACAAUACUCGCCAAUGGCAGCGCUGAGAACGGCGGCAGCAGCGUCGUCGUCGGCGUCGACGCAGCCGUCUCAGUUGUCGAUGCAGUGCAGCAGCAGGCAGCGACUAACGGCAGCAGCGGCGUCGCGCCAGCGGUCGUCAGCACAAAUGGACCAAUGUCCUAAGCGCUCGCUGCUUGUUAUAGUUUGUUUUAUGCGUAAUUUAAAGAAAAAACAACACAAAAACAACAAAAUGCUAAGUGGCCCCUUGUCCUGGGCACUGGAAUGUCGAAAUAAUGAAAGAUGUCAACUCAACUUUGUCGAAAUUUGUUGUAGCCGCAAAACAAAAGCAAAAAAAAACAAAACCAAAAGCAAAAGCUGCAAGAAAAUUGAGACAGAGACAAAGCGAUAGCAGCCAAAAAACAACAACAAGAAUCCCCCCAACAGCAACGCAUCAACGACAGCAGCAGCAGCGGCAGCAACUUUAACCGCAACAACAACAACACCAACACCCAAGCAAGUAACAAAAGUAUUACAAAAGCUCAAAAAGAGCAAGAGAGAGAGAGGAGUGAACAGCAUAACAUUUUGCUGUUAAAGUUGCGUCGCUGUCGCUGCUAUUGCUGCUGUUGCUGUGCGGUAGCAUUGCUGCUGCAGCCGCCAUUUUGUUAAUUUCUCGAUUGUGAUAUUUGUUUAACACAUACCUUCACACAUAUACAUACACAUACAACCCACACAUACCCAUACAUACACACACAUAUAGACAUAGACAUAGGCGGAUAGACUGCGUGUUAACAGUCUGGCUGCGACUGUUAACGACGGCGCUGUAAACAGACAGUUUUUUUUGUUUUAACAGUGAGCGCUGCUGCGCGAAUUAACAUUCAGGUUCAGUUAACAUAAUAACAUAUAAACACACAUCAAUUCUGUUUUAUUUAAUUUUAAACGCUCUUUUUAUUUGUUUGUUUAUUGCAUUUUGUUUCCAUGUUAUUAAGUAGAAGCUCGAAGGAAGUUGUGCAAAUCAAAUAUGAAUAAUAAAUACACACAAACACACUCACACACAUACACAAUUUGGCCUCAAACACAUACUUAAACCGCUAGAAGUAGAAUUUGAGCCAAGAACUAAUAAUGAAACAACAAAAUGCAAAAAUAUAACAAAAAAUGCAAAAAUGAUGUGAAGAAAAUAGUUGGCAGAAAGAAGGUAGAUUGCGAAAAGGGAACGGAAACGGAAAUAUAUAGAAAAAUAUGUGAUAAUUUGCAUUGUGCAUUGUAAAUUGUAAAAAGCAAAAAGCAAAGCAAGAAAAUAUCGAAGCAAGCGCUAAAAAAUAAUACAUUAAAUUACAUUGAGAGUCAGUUGAAGAAAGAGCGUCAACAACAGCAGCAGAGAUCAACAAUUUUAUUCACUUAAUUCUAAUUGAUAAAGAAAAACAAAAAGAAAACAC